AUGACAAGCAAACCAUCUCCGUUUGGUUUAUACAAAACGUUCAUUGAUGUUUACAUGAAAAGUCACCCCGAAGUGGCGAAAUUUCUGUGUCAUUACAAUGCACUGGUUGAAUGGGAUCGAAUCAAGCAUGAUCACGAACUGAUUAAAUCAAAAAUCGAAAGUUAUGUGGAAAUCUCGAACAAGAUUCAUGCAGUUCAAAACGAAACUUCAACGAACACUGCUCGAAAACGAACAAUUUCAUCCGAUGAUGAAACAGAUAUUCACGAUCCGUUGUACGAUCCGAACGCUGUCGUGCCUGUCGAACCAACAUUUUCCAAACGUACCGUAACCAAACCUUCAACAGAAGAAGAAGAAGAUCCAAGCAAACCGUGGGUGAUUCGCGGCCUGGAAAAGGCGAAAGCUCGUAUCGACGCUCACCUUGCCAAAAUUGAAGCGAAACGUCUCGCCAAACAAAAUCGAGUGAAAGCACCUGUUCAAGAAGCACUUGUUGAAGAAAUCAAACAAAUCUCUGACAAUAUAGCGAAUCUAAUUCAAGUGAAAAACAUGGGCUUAUCAACGGAGGAAACCAAUCAUACAUUGAAGAAAUUAAUUCGACAGAAAAAAGAACGUUCGACUGAGUUGAGUCUUCUACGUUCGAAACAAAGAGCUGGCUUACGUUAUCGUCAACGGCGAAAGAAACGUCUGGAGAGUUUAUGUAAUACCGAUCCUGAAGUGGCAACUGAGCUUUUGAAACUCUAUAAAGCAUCGACGAUCUCAGUGCAUUCGAUUGAUAACGUUUCAUCGGACUUAUUACAAACUUUGGAAGAAAUCGCGCGAAUCGGUGGAGUAUCAGAUCAAACUCCUGGUAAUACACCUCAACUGUGCACAACACUAGACGAGUUACGAGAUAAGAUUCGAACACGAAGUUAUGAAAUUCGACGAUCGUCAACUUAUUAUCGUUUGAUUCCCUCUGGUGCUUUUUCCGAAGAUGGAAAAAAACAUGUUAUUUCAACUGCUGUUCGUCUACGACAACUCGAAGGCAUCGAAUUAACGAAACAUCCAGAUUAUCAUUUUGUUUGUGCAACAUUGAAGCAUAUCAAAGAUCUAGCAGCAACAUUUGGAAAUGAUUGCGUGUUUUAUCUUAUUCAAGACAACAAAGCAUCUGUACGAAUCGGUCGACCGGCAGCAAGAGGGCAAUCGCCGUUGAUCUUGCAUUUAGAUUAUCAGAUGAGUACAGUUAAUUCAACACCAAUACCGCAUACAAUUCCACAUCAAUUAAAACCCACAGUUUACGCUUCGUGUAUUAUCGAUGAAGUCGGUGUUGUCACUGAUGCUGGUCCUACUUAUGUGUCAAUUCGUUCAGCUAAACAUGAUCGAAUGAGCAUCAAUUGUGAAGAAGUCGAUUUCGAACAGGUCGUCAAACUGAAAGAAUUCGAAAAAACAGCUCGAAAUCAUAUCGGUGAAGUGAAACCAAUUAUCAUCAUGAACGUGGACAACAUUGAUCCGAUGAAUUACACACGUUUUUCCAGAACUCUUUAUUCAUCAAUACAAAAGUUCAAAAAGUACAACUUAGAUGUAUUCAUCCUUGUUACACAAACACCAGGUCAGGCUAUAUUCGCUGGUUGCGAACGACGUCUAGCACUUCUGUCACACGAUUUAUCAGGUUUAGUUUUACCGCACAACCAUUAUGGUACACAUUUGAAUAUUAGCGGUAUAACGGUCGAUGCUGAACUGGAAAAGAUGAACUUUAAACGAACCGGUGACGUUCUUGCUGAAAUUUGGAAUAUGAAUAUGAUCGACCAACAUCCUGUAGUCGCAGAAUACGUGGAUCCACCAUCAACAGCGGAUGAUAUGGUUCGAUUUAUUGAUGCACAAUUCACUCUAGAUUGCAUCAUUAAUCAAAUCUGUGAUGAAGACGAAGAAGUUCCACUACAUCAGCGUAUUACACGUUCGCGACCAGCUGUUUACCCUGAGACAAUUGCAGAUACCAAACCUAAUCCAAUCUACAAUAUUGACGAAUAUUGGUGUGCCACGCAUGUUUUUCAAACGCAAUAUACGAUUCAAAUCAUUCGUUGUACCAAACCAGAAUGUUGUGGUCCAUGGCGUUCGAAUUACAUUGAAGUAUUUCCUCAUCGAUUUCUUCCACCGCCUGUACCGUUUCAUCGUUCAUCACGUGGCGUUCGUUUAGCUGGAAUCGAAACAUCGUUUGCUGAUCAAAAAUGUACAUCACCUUAUUACGGAACGUUAUUUCAACGCAUACAAUUUCAUGGUAUCGUCGUUCGAGGAACAGAAAAACCUCUGUUACCAUUCGAUGCUUUCUGUCCAUCGAUUCAAACUAAACUUCAAUCGCGUACGUGUACGAUUUGCAAACAAUACAUUCCGUCAGUAAUACGUUUACGCAAUCAUUAUCGUGUACAUCAACAACGUUACGGAUUGAAGUAUACGGAUUUGAAGAGUAAAGACGACGAACUUUUCGAUACUGAUGACGAUAUUGUUGAUCCAAAUGAUUUGCCAAUCGCACAAAUGAAUAUGAGUCUGAAUGGCGUUUGUCUUUUUCCGGAUAUGAAAGAUUGGUUACGAUCCGAUUUUGAAGAAAAUCCAGUCGUCGAACCGAAACCAAAAUCGACCGCGGCGAAUGCCUCGGCGGCGAUUCGUAGAGAAAAACAACUAGAAGCUGAAGCGGCAGCAGCUAUUGCAGAUAGUUCAUCAAUUGUCGAAAAGUAUAAAAAUGACUCAAAAACGACAAUUUUAGUUGAAAAUACUCUUCCGACCAACGAUAAUGAAGCUGUAACAGAAAUAAAAGUUGAGAGUGAAGAUGUUUCUGAUGCAAUUCAACAAUUAAAUAUGAUUGAUGACAACAUUAGUGAUAGUUACGACGAUCUUAGUGAUCUUAUUGAAAAAAUUUAA